AUGUUCUUUAGAAGAGCGCCUCCUCCUGCUGCUAAACCUGCAGAAACCGAAGCAGAUAAAAAAGAAACAGACAAAAAAGAAACAGAUAAGAAACAAGCAGAUAAGAAAGAAGCUGCAAAAAAGACUUCUGCACCCCCAGGAAAAAGUAACCCUAUUGACGAUGACGACGAUGAUGAUGACUUCUUCGGGAAAAAGAAAACAACAAUCAAGAAAAAAAGUAAAGCUGAGCUCGAUGGCAUGUCUAAUCAGGAAUUAGAGCAUUAUGCUGUGGAUCAGGCUCAAGAAACUACAAAAAGUGUAAACAAUGCCUUGAAGAUUGCAGAAGAUAUUAAAUCGGAUGCUGGAAAGACGCUUGAUACUUUACAUGCUCAAGGAGAGCAGAUUCACAGGACCCAUGAGAAGGCUGCUGAAAUGGAAAAAGAUUUGAGUAGGGGUGAAAAGAUAUUAGGAAGCCUUGGAGGCAUGUUUUCCAUGACAUGGAAGCCAAAGAAGGGGAAGGAAAUUAAAGGGCCAGAGCCAAUAGAUAAUGGAAAAGGAGAUAAGAAAGCAAGUAAGGAGCAAAGAGAGAAGUUGGGUUUGGAACAAGGACACAAGGGGAAGAAGGACAACAAGAAAGGUCAUGGUGAAGCAAAGAGUGCCAUGCAGAAAGUUGAGGUGGAAAAGGAAAAGCAAGACGAGGCGUUGGAUGAUUUAAGUGAUAUAUUGGGUGAUUUGAAAGGAAUGGCUACCGAGAUGGGAUCUGAGCUCGACAGGCAAAACAAGGCUCUUGAUGAUCUUUCGGAGGAUGUCGAUGAGAUAAACUCACGAGUCAAAGGUGCAAACACACGUGCACGUAAAUUGCUCGAUAAAUAAUUGAUGGACAAUCCGAGCUCACUCUGAUUCCAUGUUGUUGUAUCCAUAUUUUUUAUCCUUUAUGGUAUAUAAAUAAACUGCAUUAUAAAUGCAAAAUCUUUCAUCAUGUAUAGAUGUUACUUUAGAUGCUUGGGAUAAUAUAUAAUAGCUAAGCUUCAAGCCAAGGUUGCAUCUUGGGAUGAGCUUUGUAUAUAUUUUUAACCUUGAUCUAGAUGUAAUAUAUG